GUGAAGAGGUAUUCAGUCCUUGGAGGAUGAACCAGAAGAAUACCAUGCAUUGUCAAGGAUGCAUGUGCUGGAGCCUGAUGGAAAAUGGGGACGCGACAAAUCAUCACCGCUCUCCAAUAACUCGUUGUGAAUUCACGCAGCAGUCCCCCAAAGGAAGGGAGACAUACGCACGAGAUUUCUUUAGCCAAAGGAGGCAGGAGGAGAUAUCGACGCCCCAGAAGAAGGGGCGUAGUUCAGAGUGGAACGGGACAGUCAAUGUGACGCCUUCUAAGUUGAUCGCCGGAGCCAUGGAGUUUUUGGAUUGCGGUGAUGGUUUAGCAAGAAGGCAGGGGAGUUGUGUAGUCAAGGAGGUUUUAUGUGAUAGUGGCUCUAGCUCUGAAGAUGACAUCAGUGUACAGGUUUAUUCACAAGAUGAAGAUGAAGACAAAGAUGAAGAGUCGGCUAUAGCAGAGGCAAAGAUGGAGGAUUCCUUCCUCAAGUCUAGCUGUGGGAAACUGGAAUUAAAGAAAACGAAGGCUGACCGUUCUCCAAGACAAAAAGGGAUCAAUCCACUGAAAGAUAUUGGCUUAUUACCACUAGGAAAAUUACCAGCAAGAAAAUCCUUCCCGGACUCUGACUUAUUUAGUAGAAAUCAGAGUAGAAUUUGCCAGGAUGACCUAAUUUAUAAUCAUGACCAGUUGGUGGAACGUAAUGUAAAUUCAGGUCCAAGCCAAUGUGUAGGGAAAACCAAUGAGGAUAUAUCACAAAGCAAGUUUAUCAAAGAUACAUGUCAGGAGGGAUUUUGUGCAAGCAAAAUGUCCAUGUGUUUGACACUUCCACAAGACAACACAGCAGAGAAUAAUAACCAGUGCAAAGACCUGGAAAGGAUACACAAACCAGUUAAUGAUCACAAGGAACAAAUUAUUAAGCAUCAGUGUAAAGACAGUUCAUUUGUCUGUAGCUCUAAGACCACGAAUAAGUAUAAGUUAGACCCCAACAAAGCCUAUGAGUUAAGGAAGACACCAGCUCAGAUUUGGGAAGAAAGUAAAGUCCGUUGUGUAAAAUAUACCUCAAAGAAGGGGUACCCUUCGCUUGUCAAUGAUCCGUUCAAUGUAAAAUUAGACAUUCAGGCUACAGUAGAGGCUUCAUGUGUGGUACAAUCUUCAGCAAGUUGUGAGACGGACAGUGAUAAAUCCCUAAGCAGGGAAAGGUCAAGUAGUAAAGACAGAGACAAAUGCAACAUAUUUACAAAGCUUUGUACAAAUGAACCAUGCCACAAACAUAGACGGUUGAGUAUUGACAGUGCUCUGUCAGAAAACUCGGUGAACUUUUGUGGUUAUAAAAACAGUUGCAACUCUGAUAAAUUCAGCAUUUUUGCCCGACAUAACAAUGGGUACUGUUAUCCUCCAAUUGAGCAGAAUGGAGGUAUUAGCUUUGCAGAAAGCACAGAUACUUUAAAUCAGAAUGCCCUGAUUACAUCACCACGUUACAAAUGCCAGAAACUCGGGUAUGACCCCCAUAUCCUGCAAAGUAAGCCCUUCUUGCCAGGCUUUGUGGACACGCACUGCCAUCUAGACUUCGUGUUCCGGCGCAGCAACCACGACUCAGCCAGCCACGCUCGUUUCCAGGCCCUGUGUCAAGGCCACGAUGCCUACCCAGUCAGCUUUGAGGGCUGCAUUGCCGUCUUCUGCCAGCCCUGGACUUUUGGGAAGACCUCAUGGUGGGAGGGCUUCCUUAAGGAGGCAAAUGUUUGGGCGGCAUUUGGCUGCCAUCCGCACUAUGCUAAUUUCUUUGGCGAGGAGGAGGAAGAACAGCUGAGGCUCACCUUGUUCAACCCCAAGGUGUUGGCAGUCGGGGAAAUUGGACUGGAUUACUCGGGCAGAAAUAAUCAGCAUCCAGAGCAGCAGAAGUUAGCGUUCAGACGGCAGCUGAAAAUUGCCCUGGAGUUCAACAAACCGCUUGUGAUUCACUGCCGAGAUGCAGAGAGGGAUUGCCUGGCUAUUUUGAAGGAG